AUGGACUUAUCUUUGGGGAGCCCACUGAAAAUUCUGGAUAAAAGAGAUCCUGUUUACGAUAGCGAAUCUGAAGAAGACGUUGCUUAUUCAGUAGUAGAUAUUGAAAAAACUGAAAGAAUGGUAGAGACAUUUUCUUGGAGUCCACAAGGGAGAGGUAUUGAACAUGGAAAUAUGAUGGCCUUGGAGGAAUUCCGAGGGAGAGUUAAGAACUUGUGCCAAGACUACUUUUUAGGAUACCAAACACAAGACUUUAUUAAUGGCUUGAAGAAUUUAGCAUGUCCUUCUUUCCACAAUGUUGUAGUUGUCAUAGCAAUAAGAAUGGCACUGGAUUAUACUCCAAUUAUUCAACAGCAGGUCUCAGCUUUGUUAACAAUAUUGAGAGAUUCACAUCUAGUUACAUUGCAGCAAAUUGAAGAUGGACUUGAGAAACUAAUACAAUCAAUUGAUGAUAUAUGUCUAGAUGCACCAUUUGCUCCUGAAAGACUUGAGUGCCUAGUAGAUUGUGCGAUUUUGGAUGGUAUAAUACCAUCGAAUUUUAGAUGCAGAUAUCCUGAAACAUUUCUACUAAAACUUAUUGAACUACGUCAAUCAUCAAUUGAAAACAAUUUGGAACCAUUUGAAGGUACUAAAAGUCCAAAUAAACACUUACAAGCUUUAAGAACUUUUAAGUCGUACAUUAAAAACUAUGAGGAAGACUUAUUUUCAUGUAAAUUUGAAGUCGACGAAGUUGAAAAGUUAUUAAAAGAUGCAUAUACAUCUGCAUUUCAAGAAUCUCAUUGGAAUGGUGAAGAUUGGGUACCAAUAUCAUUCAAGUCAACUUGUGAUAGUUAUGAUACGGAUUGCAAAGUACUAGAAACUAGCAUGAGUAGUGACACAUCAACUAGAAAAGCUUGUAUACCUGAAACUCUUUGUUUUAAUCACGAGUUUGUGAAAUUUAUUGUCAUAUCCUCAAUGAAUCGCACUCAUAGAUACAGAGAACUGGUCUCAAUAGGUUUAAGUAUUUUGACUCCUGGUAUCUUGAAGUCUAGUGAUAUAGUUGUGGGAUUUAUGCGAUUAUUGGGUAACCUGGAUGACUUGAGCCUAGAUGUCAUAGACGCUUGCGAACUCACAGCAAAAUUUAUUUGUCGAUGUAUUGUUGACGAAUUACUUCCACCAUUUUUUAUUGAUGUUAACUUAAUUCUCCACAUGGGUGGCCCAGGUGGUAUACAAGCUUUAAAUAUUGCAAGACAUUUUUUCGAAGAUAAACCUAGAAAUAUAAUAACAUAUCAAGCACGAAGUAUUUGGUCACAAAUCGACGAUACGGAGGAAACCAAGCAUUUUAAAUCAAGAUUGCAGGAAAUUCUUAGUGAGUACUUUUUAGAUCUUGACAAAAGAGGAUGUGUUAAAUUAUUACAUUCACUGAAUUUAACAAAUAAAAGAAAAGCUGAAGUUGUGCGCAAAAUUGCCACCUUAUCUAUUGAACGCAAGGUUUCGACAAAACAACCAGAAUAUUUAGAUUUAAAAACAAGUUCACUUGGUAAAAACCCAGAUAAAUCAGAUAAUUUUAAUAUCCAGUUAGGUUUGGAAAGAGAGAGCCGUGCUGGAUUGGCACUAUUAGAAUAUCUUCUAAGUCAAGGAUUUGUUGAUGAAAAUAUUAUUGUAGAAGGUUUUGAUGAGAUGGUUGAAAAACUACCUGAAGUAUCAAUAGAUAUACCUCAAGCAAAUGAGUUAUUGCUGUGGUUUACAUCCAAAGCAAAAGAUAGAGCUAUAUUACCCCCAUAUUGGGGAAUUCAGAUAUAG